CGCGCCCCGCAGUUCGUUGCAAACCGCCACCGAAGUUGGACCGAUGUAAUUUUACGCUUUUAAAGCAACUAUUUUGUUAUUUAUUAAUGUAGUGUGUGUUUUAAAAACUUUUAUCGAUUCGCUGUGUAUUUAUAUAUUCGGUGAAUAUUAAUAUUAUUAUCGGACGUUUUAGUAAAGUCGACGAGUAUUCAGUUAAUAUAUUCGUUGUAAUUAAUUGUAACUCGGGUAGAUUUUCAUGUAACGGCACGUUGUAACAAGAAGACCUCUUCACAGGAACUAUGCCGGUGCUACAACAGAACCCAAUCGACAGUUCCGGGGACUUGUCCCUGUCCUCGUCCACGACAGAUUCGCCCUUCAUGUUCCCUGAAAGCAGCCCUUCUGGACAGACAAUGAGAUCAAUUUCCGAGUUGCUGGGACUAAACAUGCCCCGUGGGACCACUCUGGGCCAAACCUCUCAAAAUCCAUGGUCACCGUCGGCCCCCUUGGCCGCUUCAUCGCCCUUGCCGCUACCAACGCUCAGGCACCAGGGAAUAAGGCCCCCAUCCUUCCCACCAUUCAACAAGAUGGACGUAUCUGUGAACUCUACGGACAUGAUAACCCAGCAGCGAGCAAUGCCACAGACCAACAGUGGAGGGUUUGAUAACGCACAACCCAUCGGCCAGAUGUCUCCUCUUCACACCCCUCACACCAUCAGGUGUUCCUCGUCAUACAGUGACUGCAGCAGCCCCCUCAUGGAACCCAGUUUGCUUCAAAACUGGACCUCUCGAUCCAUUUCCCCUUCAGACUCUGAUGUCAGCAACGUCAGCAGUGCUGAUCUAUCUGAUAUAAUGAACUCUUUGAACCUAUUCCAAUCAGGAGGGAUAUGUUCACCACCCACAGAACAAGAACUGGCCAACCUGCGAGCGCUGCACACUUUGACAUCAAGCCCCGUACUCUGCACAAUGCGAGGCUCUCCAUCAGUGCCACCCUCUCACUGGUCUCUCCAGCUAGACAGACAACUCGUCUUCAAUGAGAACACUGACUUACUUGAGAAGGUUGCUCGUUUUCACCGAAACAGGGCUGCUUCCUUUUUCGAAGCUGCCUGCACGUGGAGUGGCAUGCUGCCAAGACAUGUGUCUGACAACCCAACCUUCUCCUGCAAGGUGUUCCUUGGAGGUGUGCCUUGGGAUGUCACUGAAGACACCCUCAUUUGUGUGUUCAACCAAUUCGGCAAGGUGCGGGUGGAGUGGCCGGGCAAGGAGGAAGCGGGGAAUCAGCCGAAGGGUUAUGUGUACAUCAUCUUUGAAUCUGAAAAACAGGUUAAGGCGUUGCUGAACCAUUGCACUCGUGACGUGUCCAGUGGUAAUGGUGUGAAUUGGUACUUCCGCAUCUCCUCCAGGAAAAUGAAAUCUAAAGAGGUGCAGGUGAUUCCAUGGUCUUUGAGUGACAGUAACUAUGUUCAGACCCCAUCUCAGAAACUGGAUCCACAGACCACGGUGUUCGUGGGAGCUCUCCAUGGAAUGCUGAACGCCGAAGGAUUAUUUAUCAUUAUGAAUGACCUUUUUGGAGGAGUUGUGUAUGCAGGUAUUGACACGGACAAGUUCAAGUAUCCGAUAGGCUCUGCUCGAGUGACCUUUAACAACAGACAUUCAUACAUGAGGGCGGUCAGGGCAGCAUUCAUCGAAAUCAAGACGACUAAAUUUACUAAAAAGGUCCAAGUAGAUCCCUAUCUGGAGGAUUCUCCGUGCUCACACUGCAAGGUGCAACAAGGGCCGUACUUCUGUCGGGAGAUGACGUGCUUCCGCUACUUUUGCCUCAGGUGUUGGAACCUGCAGCACCACCCAGAACUACAUUCUACUCACAAGCCAUUGAUGCGUAGCUCCAAGAACCGGAAUACAUCUCCACCACAGAUGCGUUUCUUACAGCAGUAAAGAAGCAUAAAGACUGACCUCGACAAUAAAUCAGCUGAGAAUAAUAAGACUGAAACCUCGACGGACUGAGCAAUACUAUACUGAAACCCUUAACCUAACUGUAGUCAAACAGUGUAGCUUGGAAAUUUUAUAUGUAAACCUGUGCCUCAGCUUGUAUAGGGUACGUUCCGUCUUUUUAAUCUAGAUACAGAAUUUGUAUUAUAAUUUCUUUCCUCAUUAUGAUGUAUCCGUAUUACAAAUAGAUCUGAGAACUGUGAGUAAGCUUUUAUUUUGUUAAAAGCACAAGAGUUUUGUAUUGAUACAUAUGUUUAUUUACUGUUUUUUACUUUGAUAAUAUUAAUGUUGUGUGUAUUCCUCUCUGAGGAAGUUGUUCUAUUAGUUUUAUUUGUUUUAUUUAUGUGUAAGCUUCAAGAUAAAAUUCUUUAGUUUUGUUUUUAUUUGUCUGUGUUAAAAUUGUUUUUGGUGAUGGAAGAAAGUAACAUGAAAACAAAAUAACGAAAGACCAAAAAAAGGCAUUGACAAAUUGUUUUGUUAAAUGCCACUAGAUGUUCCUAUAAAAAGUACAAGGUUCUUUUCAUUGAUUGUAGUGUAGUUGGUUUGCGAAUUUGACCUUCGUUUUAAGUUUAAUACUUACUUUAUCACUAAUUUAUUUAUUAUGAUAUAUAUGUCUCAGCGCAUGAGCUAUAAGUUAUCAUAUCAAGAAAAACAUUUUAACCAGAUUAAAUAAUAUAUCUAAGUGAUUGAAGUUUUAACUUUAAUGUUUUAUUGUAUUCGCCAAUGAGUAAUGAGAUAAUUUUAACACUUGGCUCACAUAUUGAAAUAUACUGUACUCUAACCCUAACUUGUACGCGAAAGUUAACUCAGUAUUCACUGUCACACAUUUUACAAAAGUUUGGCGAAGAUGUCUAGUUUUAGUUUGGUAAUCCAUGAUUAAUUUGUUAUGGUGAUGGCUUUUGAGGUUUUAAGCCUCAUAUAAAACUAUAUUGUUAAUGUUUGGCUUGGUCAAAUGUGGUAAAUUUUAUGAAGACAAGUUUAAACUGUUAAAAUUUAAUUUAUGUUACCAUAAUGAACAUUCUUGUAUGUUAAUCAUGUAUGAAAAUAUUAUAAAAAUAUUAUUCCAUAAUGCAAA